AUGGAAUUAGAAACGGAAUUAAACAACCUCACCAGCCAACUUCCUAAUCUUCCGGCUCCUGAUACUCCUACUAACAAAGAAGGCAAUAAAUUAAUUGACAGCAGCGAAUACCACCAUAAUAUCCAACACAACUUAACUCACGAAGAAAUAUUAAAAAAAUUGGCUUUAAUUGAUGAAGAAAAAAGUAUACUUCUUUCUGGUAGUAAGUUUGCUGUUUAUCAAGGAUUAGGAAGUGAAUUACUACAUGCUCUUAUCAAUUUAAUGCGGUCCGAGAAUAGCAAACGUGGUUAUCAUUUAUUCGAUACUCCUUAUUUAGUAAAUGCUCAUAAUCUUUACAAUACCGGGCAAUUUCACAAAUUUCAAGAUAACCUUUAUAAAUUAGAGGAGAGUAAUUUUUAUUUGCUUCCCACGGCCGAAGUAAGUUUAGUUAAUCUUUACCAAAAUCAAAUAUUAGCCGAGGAGAAUUUGCCCUUGAAUUUAUGUGCUUAUAGUCCCUGUUUUCGGGCCGAAAGAAUGGCAGCCGGUCAAGAGAAUAAAGGACUGAUUCGCCUUCACCAAUUUCACAAAGUUGAAUUAGUGAAAAUAGUUAAACCAGAAAACUCUUGCCAAGAAUUAGAGAAAUUAGUUGUCGAUGCGCGUCAUUUUUUGAAUUUGCUAAAAAUCCCGCAUCGGGUAAUCGAACUUUGUCACGAAGAAUUAGGAUUUACGGCUGCUAAAACUUACGAUAUUGAAGUUUGA